AUGGCUACAAAAUUCCGCUCCAAACCUCUUGAUAUAGAUGGCUACUUUACAGGAUCAAAUGCCAGGGACAGCUUCUCAGAAGCACCUAUGAGUCAAGCAGAUUCGAAUGCUGCGUAUCGUCAAUCAAUAUUCUCUGCUUCAUAUUUAACUGCAAAUGAAAAGAUUUUUCUUGAAGAGCUGCUGCAAUCUGAAGAUCAUGAGUCAAUUCAGCUGGCUGGCAAAAGAUUAGCUGAUAAGACUUUGUUUCCACCUAGUGAGGAUGAAUCGCCUGAUGACGACGAGAACAAUUCGUCUAGAGAACCAAAUGACAAGAAAACGCAAAGCUUUGGUUCAGAAGGAAACAAGGCUAUGAAUCUUUUUGAGCGAGACAUUCUGGGCUCAGGUGGAGAAGACAGGAGUUUUGCUGAAGACUUUGACGCCUGGAGAGAAGAGCUUCUUCAAGAUGACGAAAAGCAAAGUACGUCGAUAAGUGCUCCGACGACUGGCCCAUUCAAUAUUUUUGGCUUGUCGUCGGAUGCCUCACUAAUUCAUCCCCGAGUGCUCUCGCCUUCUCUGAUGGAGAGCCUUUUGGCGUUCGUGCCUGAAAGUAUACAAAUUAGUUGCAAUUUUUGGCUGAAGUAUUCGAUGGUCAGAGAUGGUGCUAGUUUGCUGGCGCUGCUGAGGCAUUGCCGAGCGUCUGCCAAUACGGUUUUAGCAAUAGAAACCAAUGAAGGCUUUGUCUUCGGCUCUUUCACGUCCCAGCCAUGGCAAUUAUCAUCGCUAGAUGGCUUCUAUGGAUCUGAUGAGUCCUUUGUAUGGAGGAUGAGACACUCACGACAUGAUGACAAUACAUCUGCCGCGGUAUUAAUGAGCAAGGAAAACAAGAUCGACGUAUAUCCUUGUACAUCGAAGAACGACAGGAUACAGUUUUGUUGCAAGGAAUUCCUUGCUUUGGGUGAGGGAGAACUAGAAGAUAUGAAAGUAGAGGGCGAAAAUCACUUUGGAAAUGCAAUACGGCUAGAGAAAUCAAUGACUCAUGGUUCGACCAGUACAAGUAACACUUUUGAUAAUCCAUCUCUGAUACGUCCUGACAAACGAGGCGAGGAGUUCACUGUGCAGAACAUUGAGGUGUGGUCAUUGACCCCGCACUCGUCCUCAAGCGCCGCAAUUCGCGCGGAGAUGAGAAGUCUAUUCCUCGAAGACGGGAAGAAAGCAAAAGCACUCAACUUAUUGGAAAUCCUAGUCAGCUAA